AUGUUUCAAAUAAAAAACAUGACAACUCUCAUUGUAAUCACUGUGGUUGCAGUGUCACUACAAACCUCAGAAGCUGAAGAUUACACAGUAGGAGGAGAUACCAUAGGUUGGACUAGUUUUCCACCUCGUGGUUCAUCUUUCUAUUCCAAAUGGGCUGCAAAUUUUACAUUCAAACUUAACGACAAUCUAGUUUUCAACUAUGAAUCUGGAAGCCACAGUGUUGUUAUACUAAACAAACCAAACUAUGAAAAGUGUAAUGUAAAUGAUGAUAUUCAAACCUUUAACAAAGGACCAACCAAAAUAACCUUGGAUCGAACCGGUGAUUUCUACUUUACCUGUAGUUUAUCAGGUCAUUGCAGCAGUGGCCAAAAGCUAAGUAUUAAAGUCACAGACACUGCUUCUUCUGAUGUUCCACCGGCUGAAGCUCCACCAUCCCUAAGUUUUGGACCAGGUUCUACGGCUACUGCUAGUCCACCACAGAGCACAGCCUCAACAACACCUAUGGCUGCUACUUUUACUCUUCUCCUCAUUGCUAUUGCCUUCAAUUUCUUCUCUCAAUUUUAA